AUGCCAGGGUCGAUUGAGGCCGCGCCGGAGAGAAACGAAGCUUGGGGAACGGAGAAGGGGGAGACAGCACCAUCCAGCAAGCCGAACUCGAAUGACUCCAUCACGAGCGAUGACGCUGGGACUACUGUAUCUGGCCAAGCAGUUGUCAUUGUCCUGCCAACCAUCGGACGACACUUGGACAUUCCAGAUUCUCGGCUGCAGUGGGUGGUGUCUGCGUACAAUCUUGCAUUCGGUUGCUUCCUUCUGCUUUGGGGCCGCAUUGCCGACAUCUACGGCAAGCGCAAGAUUUUCAUUUGGGGUUCUGCUUGGGUAGCCAUCACCACCGUCAUCAAUCCGUUCCUGCCAAACGAAAUAGCAUUCGAUCUUUUUCGAGGUCUGCAAGGCCUGGGGGCGGCGGCAAACGUGCCUACAGCCAUUGGUAUUCUUGGAACAACCUUCCCCCCUGGGAAGGCAAAGAACUACGCUUUUAGCUGCUAUGCCGCUGGAGCGCCACUCGGCGCCGUCUUCGGCAACCUGGUCGCCGGACUCAUUGCUGAAUAUGCGUCAUGGAAAUGGGUUUUCGGUGUAAUAGCCAUCCUCGCGGCUAUUAUCACCGUGGCAGCAAUAUUUGUGAUCCCGCCACCCAAGCAUACUCUUCACCAAGACGGCGUAUCAGUCAAGGCAUCUGUAGACUGGAUUGGCGCGGCCUUGAUUACGGUCGGCCUUUUUGUCCUUUUGUUCGCGCUCACCGAAGGCAAUGUGGUCGGCUGGAGGACUCCUUGGGUGCCGGUUCUGAUCGUCGUCGCUGUCGCCCUCGUGGUUGUGUUUGUGCUUUGGCAACGACAUCUUGAGAAGACAGGCAAAAAGGCGCCGAUCAUGAAGGUCUCCAUGUUCCACAGCAAGAGGUUCAGCGCGGCAAUGCUCAUCAUGGCUCUGUUCUUCAGCAGCUUCAGUGGAUGGUUGGUGUUUGCAACCUACUUCUACCAGGACUACCAAGGCCAGUCUGUGAUCCAGACAACGCUUCGGUUCCUGCCAACCGGAGUAAUGGGUCUCAUCUGCGCCUUUGUCGUAUCGCAGCUGCUCUCGCGCGUGCCCACCUACACGAUGCUGGCAUUCGGAAACGUUUGUGUGGCCAUCACCUGCAUUCUCUUCGCCGCGCCGAUCCCUCCGCAUACAUCCUACUGGGCUUGGGCAUUUAUAGGCAUGAUUUUGUCCGUCAUCGGCGCGGACACAGCAUGGCCGUGUUUGAUUCUAUUCACAAGCCACUCGCUUCCGCAAGCAGAUCAGGCUCUGGGCGGUGCGCUCGUCAACGCUUGUGGACAAAUUGGCCGCGCGAUAGGACUUGCUAUUGCGACGGCGAUCCAAACUGCGGUGAUGGCGAAGCAACGCGGUGUCAGUGUUGAAGAUGCUGGGUACAUGGAGGAGUGGGAAGACGCCUCUCUGGCCGGUAUCCGAGCCGCCAACUGGUUCCAUAUGGCCUUGGGACUCUGUUCGCUCGCUGUCGUCCUGGUCGCAUUCCGAGGCUCUGGUAUCAUUGGAAAGAUUCCUGCAGGAAAUGCCAAUAGAGACGAACAGUCAGCACAACCUGAAGAGCAAAGAGCAGCGGAUGAGGAAACGGGGAUCAGCGAAUCAGAUGACGCAAGAAAGAUACGCCGAUAG